AUGGCUGACGAGGAGGAUAUUGUUGAUGAAGCCGAGGAAUCUCGGGAAGAUGAGGAUGAAGAUGCGGAGGAAAAUGAAGAUGCAGUUGAUGAUAAAUCGGAAGAAGAUGAAGUAGAACAGAAAAUUGCAGCAGCUCCAGAGGUUAAAAAAUCUGCACCACCACCGGUGGAUAUUAAAAGUCCAACACCUGGUCGUCAAUAUGGUGUACCAGAGGUACCAAAAAGUCUUCAACGACGUGCAGCAAAUUAUUCAGGUGGUAAGCCAUCAAAACAUGACAAAGAGAAACUGAUGCGCUCCGAAGGCAUCAUACCAAUUCAGGCUGGUUCCAAUAAAUAUGCAUCACAGCGAGGAAUGACUGGCUUUGGUGUUCCUCGUGAUGUAAUCGAUAAAGUUAAAGCGGAUAAUUUACAAGAAAUUACGGAUGAAGAAAAAAUAAAAAAUUUGAAGCAAUCAACUUGGUUGCAAUCUGGUACCAAUAAAUUUGCAUCACAAAAAGGAUUAACUGGAUUUGGUUCACCACGUGAUGUGAAUUAUAAGACAAAAGGUACUGGUGGUGCAAGUGAGGUACCAGAGGAAAAAGCACGAGCAACCGAUGGUAUUGUACCACUACAAUCCGGUACAAAUAAAUUAGCUUCUCAAGCUGGCAUGACUGGUAUGGGUAUGCCACGAAUCGUUGAUGUGAGGAAAACCGAUGAGCAAGAUCGAAAUAGCCAAGGAUUCAUUCAUCUUCAAAUGGGUACCAAUCGUUUUGCUAAUCAAUCCGGUAUGACUGGUUUUGGCAUGCCUCGACAUAAUAUUACCAAAUAUAAGGAUGAAGUAAGAGGUGAAAUGCCAAAUGAUGAAUCAACCAUGUCACGACAAACUACCGGAUGGAAGGAAGGUGCAUCGCAAGCGGGAAUGUCAGGUUUUGGUGCAUUUCGAAAUAAUACUGUCGCAAAUAUGCAAGCGCAAGAACAACGGUCACAAGGUAUGAUACCAUAUCAGAUGGGUGUUAACUUUUUGGAUUCUCAAGCUGGUAAAACAGGUUUCGGUAUGCCAAGACAGGUUUAUACACCAUUCGUAGAUGAUUCACAUGAAGAAUUACCAUUAGAUAUGGCUCGACGGCCAGAUGUACCAUUCUGGUCAGGACAGGAAACCGAAUUCGCAAAUCAGACUGGAAUGUCAGCGUUUGGAACUCCACGUGAUGUACGCGGUGAAUAUGUGAGACGUUUGUGGUAA